GGAUUUUAUUGCAGGAAUCUGAAACUCGCACGUUUCCCAGAAUAAUGCUGGUAACGCUUUCCUCAAACUUUCCUUUAGAGAUAAAAUCGGAGGAAGAAGAAUUUGCCCCAGAAGCAGCAGAGGGACCUUGAUGCACUUGGACCGACCUAGCCUUAUCCUGUGAGAAGACUCUGUGUCCCUCGUGGACCUCGAAACGCUCAGCCUGGAAGUGCUGAACUGAGGCCAUGGCCACAGGGAAUCCAGCUGUGCUCCAGGCGUCCUCUCAGGACACGAGGGAAGGAAACAAGCCACCGAUGGAAGGCAUUCAGGUGCCCAAGAAAGGAGGAGUCAGAUCAGAUGCCAUGAGGGUGCUAGGUCCAAGUCAGCCAAAACUCGAUACUCACGAAACACAAAGAAUCAUAGCGGUCUUGGACGAGACGAUCGUCAAGCUGGAACUGAGCAGUUUGAUCCCCGGCAUCAUGGAGUCUCUGGACGGGUUUGCUGAUAUCCUGGGACCUGAGAUCACGAGUGACCUGAUCGAGCACCAGAAGCUUUUGAGCAAAAUGGAGGAGCUGCUUUCCAGCUCUCAAGAAGGGCAGCCCUCACCAGCUGAGGAACAGAGGGAGAGUCUGGGCUUGCUGGAGCGACAUCUGAAACGUUCUGUUAGGGACAUUCUGAGGCUUCUGCUGGCCAGCCCCUCACUUUGUCAGGCUCUGCCUUAUGAAGUCUGUGCAAGACAGUCGUCGGCUGAAGCGUUUAUCCAAACCUUUAGGGAGUUCAGGAAUUUCAUGCACGAGAGACUCCUGACUAGUCCCUUAGAAGAGAAAGAGAAGAUUCAGUUCAUGGAGGACAUUUCCCUCCGGAUUAGGAGAAACACUGAAACACUCACAGCUUUAAAGGCAGAACUGGCAGCAACGAUCCAGUCUCGAGAUGAGAAGAUUCACAGGAAGGACAACGUGAUCAAAGAUCUCAAAACCUCCYUGCAAGAUGUGGCCGACAACUACAAGAUCAGUGUCCAGCAGAUAAUGCAGGAAGCAGAAAACCAGCAAAAGGAGGAGYUGCGAGCGUGGCAGGCCAGGCGCGCGAGGCUUCAGGAGGACAUGGAGCAGCUGAGAGCACAACUCCGUGCGCUUGUCCUGGAGCAUCGCGAGUCGGAGCUGGCUCUCAGAAAGAAGAAGUGCAAAGUAGAGAUGGAAAUUGAGAAGUGGAUCCAGAAAUAUGAUGCGGACAUGGGGGAAAAACAGGCUGAAUAUGAGGAGCUUUAUGCUCUCUACUCUGAGGAGAAGGCCCAGGUGUCCCUGCUGCAGGAGAAACAUGACGUGCUUAUCCAGGAGUACUCUCAGAUUGCGGAGGAGCGCAGUGUGCGUCAGCAGAAGCAAAAACAGGAUUCGGAUGAGUUGGUCACCAUGACCAUUGCUGCCACCCGCAUCCAGGCCUUCUGGAGGGGAUACUUGGUUCGGUCGCUCUUCAAGACAAAAAGGAAGAAGAAAAAGAAGGGAGGGGGCAAGAACUUCAACAGAUAAGCACAAAGAUCUAUUCUCUCUCCUCUGUUCUUUYCUCCUGGCAAAGCUGCUGCCUCCCCUGGCUCUUCUGGAUAAAAACRUUAGCUGAGAGAGCUUUUGCAGUGAGGUCCAAGCUGUCCAUGGCUGGGGUUGGCUCUCAGAGUGAGACUACAUCAACAAAGUGGCAUAAAGGCGUGUCUCAGCAUUUAGCUUUAGCCCCCUUGCCUUUGAAAAGGGGAGGAUGUCUCCUGCUACAGGGACUGURCCAAGCAGGAGUGCAGAUUGCUGACUUGGUCUCUUGGGUCCCAUGCCCAAAUUGUGCUUUUGUGUCAGGGCCUGAUUCUU